AUGAAUAAUAAACAGAUUUUAUGUAUCUCCUUCUUAUUAUUAUUAUUAUUAUUAAUUUAUAUAAAAGUAAACAUUGUCUUCUCACAACCAAAUGAUCCACAACUUCAAAAACUUCUACAAUAUCAUAAUGAUCUUAGACGUAAUUUAACAGAAUGUAAAUUUGAAGGACAACCUCCAGCGAAAUAUUUACCAGAUCUUAAAUGGGAUGAUGAACUAGCUUCAAAAGCUAAAGAUUUAGCAAAUGAAUGUUAUUUUCAUCAUAAUGAUGUGGAUUUACCGCAUAAAUGGGAAUAUGUUGGUCAAAAUAUAGCAGGAUAUCAAACAAUUGAACAAGCAUUCGAUGCAUGGAAAGAUGAAUAUAAACAGUAUAGUUAUUAUGGUGUUUGUGGACAUUAUACUCAAUUAGUAUGGCAAAAUACUACUCAUGUUGGUUGUGGUAUUACAAAUUGUACUGGAAAUUAUGGAUUUCCAUAUGGAUUAUCAGUUGUCUGUAAUUAUGGCCCAGGAGGAAACUAUGAAGGUCGCUAUCCUUAA